UUAUUUGGUUGUCUUUACAUGCGGUUUUUCUUCUUACACAACUUGUCAAUUGAAACAAUUUUGUCCUUUUGGAAUAUUUAACUUUUCGUUUCAACACGACAAUGGUUUCGACUGCUGAUCCAGAAUUGACGAAAGCAUUUCAAGAGCUACAGAUUCAGGUGCUCAACACCCGGGAAAAGGUUCGUCAUAUCGAAGCCGAGAUAUCCAGCUGUGAACGACAAGCAUUGAUAUAUGAAAUAACCAAAAAAACGGUUGCCGAUCUGAAGCCUGGUCAUGAAUGUUUCAUCGGUUUAGGACGGGCUUUCGCUCGACAAGAUCGACCAGAAAUUCUUGCCUUGAUGGAUACGCGUAUUGAAAAUAAUCAGGAAAAGAUUCGCACAAUGAAACAGGCAAAAAAUUAUCAAGAGGGUAAAGUUAAAGAAACCGAGAAUAACAUUCGUGAAAUGAUUCAACAGAAAAAGAAUGCUGAUAAAAAGUAAAGUUAUUUUUAACAAGUUUGAUUGGUGAUUGAUUAUGUGAAUAAUAAUAAGAUUUAUAAUAAUUUGAUUUGAUUAAUCAAUAAAACAAAAAAGUAUCCAAUUUUAUCA